AUGAAACCAUUCGGUGUAUCAGCUUUUUGCUUAUUGCUUAUUGCAUCAACCGUGACCUGUGAUGAACAACCCGAACUUUCUUUAAACGGUAAAGUUCACGGCCGAUUCUUCUUCAACCCAUUCAACACAGCCUCACAAGCCGUCAAAGCUAUUGGUGCUCAAGUAUCUGGUGGCUUAGGUUCAGCAGCCAACUCUGUUGCUAAUGCUGCAUCAAGUGGAAUCAAAACUAUUGGUUCCCUUGAAUCAGCAGCCAUCAAGGGUGCCGGUAAACUCGCCUCAACUGGAGCUUCAAUGGGUGCCAGCGGUGUUUCAAGCUUUGGUAAUGCAGUAGGUUCUGGUAUCAAAGGAGCUGGUAAAAUCGCUUCAACUGGUUCCCAAAUCGGUUCAUCUCUUGCUCAAAGUGGAGGUAGAAUCGGAGCCAAUGUAGCUGGUACUAUGGGUAACCUUGCUGCAACCGGAGCUAACAUGUUCGGAGGCGCUGCCAAUGCCGGUGGUCAAAUUGCUAGCUCAAUCCUCAAUGGACUUGGUUUAGGUGCUUUUAGUGGUCUUGCUACUUCUGGUGCAAACUUGGUUUCUGGUUUCGCUUCAGGAGCUGGUUCUUUGGCUAGCAAUACUUUCAAUGGAUUCGGUAAUAUUGCUAAUGAAGGAGGAAAGGCUGCUGGUACUGUUAUCAAUGGUACUGGAAACUUUUUCGCAUCAGGAUUGGAAGAUGUUGCUGGUGCUGCUCAGACUGGAUUUGGCUUAGGAGCCACCGUAAUCAAUGGAUCUGGAACUGUUGCUCAAGCUAUUGGAGAUGGUUUGGCCAAUGUUGCUGGCUUCAAGGCUGACUUUAUUGCCAACCAAACUAAACUUGUCGGUAAUGGAUUCAACACCGCCGGUAAUAUUUUCAACAGUAGUGCUGCUGAUGUCUUCGGUGACAUUGGUGAUGUCUUUGGUGAUAUCUUCGGUAGGACUCAAAAUAAGCAAUAA